UGAUACUAAAAGGGGCCCACGCCCAGAUUGCCAUACUAGUCUCGAGCAUUUGCGAGCAUAUCCACCCCUUUUGGUGUCCUUCCAUGAGAGCAGGCUACAUCAACAGACUACCACCAUGACGAGACGGUCCGACAUCAAGCAGGCCGAAAGCGCCCUUCACAACCAGGAGAACCUGCUACCGCGCCGGCAACUGCUCACCGUCUUCGCGACACUCUCCAUCGCGCUGCUCAUCUAUGUCAUUGAUCAGAAUGGCAUCGCGACCACGCUGCCGACCAUUGCGAGCGAUUUGAACGCAAAGAACACAAUCUCAUGGGCGGGUACCUCGGCGCUCCUCGCCAACACCACGUUCCAGAUGCUCUAUGGCCGUCUCUCGGAUAUCUUUGGUCGCAAGACAGUCUUCCUCACCGCCAUUGCCCUCCUCGCCUUGGCCGACCUGGUGUGCGGCUUCAGCCAGAAUGCCACCAUGUUCUACCUCUGCCGUGCCGUCGCUGGUAUCGGCGGCGGCGGCAUCGCGAACCUCGCCAUGAUCAUCGUGUCGGACAUUGUCACGCUCGAGCAGAGGGGCAAGUACCAGGGCAUCAUUGCGAGUAUGAUUGGAUUUGGCAAUGUCAUUGGGCCCUUUCUGGCCGCGCAGAUCGCCUCCAAGACAACGUGGCGUGCGUUCUUCUGGAUGCUGGCGCCGUGUGGUGGUGUCACAUUUGUCCUUUCGUACGUCUUCCUACCGUCCAAGCCAAGACACGUCAACUUCCAGGAGAGUGUACGAAAGGUGGACUGGCUGGGGACACUCACAUCGUCGUUGGGUAUCAUCUUCCUCCUGAUUCCGAUUUCUGGUGGUGGCUCAUACUUCGCGUGGGACUCGCCCAUGGUCAUCAGUAUGCUGUCCAUUGGUGUCCUGUCGCUCGUGCUGUUUGUGUUCAUCGAGUGGAAGGUCGCCAAGCUGCCCAUGAUGCCGAUCGAGAUUUACGCCAACCCGGUGGUGGUGGUCAUGCUCCUGCAAUACUUCAUCUUCGGCGCGGUUUUCCAGUCCAUGAUCUUCUACAUCCCAAUGUAUCUGCAGAAUGCCCAUGAAUUCUCCAUGAUCACGUCCGCAUUGGUCUACAUCCCUUUGCCCGCCUUGCAAGCCAUCGUCUCGAUAUCCACUGGCUAUUACAUCACCUAUACCAAGCGAUACGGGGAAGUUCUUUGGACCGGCUUCACACUGUGGACGCUUGGACUCGGCCUCACACUCAUCUACACCCGUAGCACGCCCAUCGGCAUCAUCAUUAUCCCUUUCAUCGUCAUCGGCUUUGGCGCGGGCUGCAUCUUCCAGCCAACGCUCAUUGCUCUGCAAGCCCACUCCCCCAAGGCGCGUCGGGCCGUGAUCAUCUCCAACCGCAACUUCUACCGCUGUGCAGGCGGCGCGUGCGGUCUCGCCAUCUCGGCCGCCGUGAUGCAGGCCAGGCUGAGGAGUGCCCUGCCAGAGCAGUAUGCGUACAUUGCUCACUCGACGUACAGUCUCCCCAACUUUAGUGGAAAUGUCCCAACAGAGGUGCUGGACGCGUACAUGGCGGCCAGUCACGCCGUUUUCACGCUUCAGGUGCCGCUGGUGGGGAUCUGUCUGCUGGGCAUGUUGUUUAUCAGGGAUAGAGGGCUGGAGUACAAGGGUGAUAGGAUUGUGGCACAGUUUGUGGCAGCUGGGUCGGGUGAGAACGAGGCCGUCGACCUCUCGCAAACCACCGACGCCAGUGACAUGGAGUCGGGUUCGGUGCACGAAGAGAGCAAGACCACACGUCAACCGACUGCUUGAAGAGGUCGAAUAUCUCUGGAAAGGCUGGUUGUCCAGUAGGGUCCAUGCAAUGGUAGUGCUGAUGAUGAGUGUACCCAAUGCCAAUGCCAGAUUAAAAGUUGUGUGCAAUGAGUAUGUAGAGUCCCUGUCCUUCUCUCCCUCGGAACUGGCAACCAACGUGGGCAGCCACUU